CCCGGAAGUGAUCGCAAGCAACUUUCAGGCCGGGGCUUGGAGCUGGAAGGGAGCGGAUGGGUCGCAGCCGCAGCCGCUCCCCGCGGAGGGAGCGUAGGCGGUCCCGGUCCACUUCCAGGGAGAGAGACCGCCGACGCCGAGAUAGGUCCCGGUCCAGGGAGAGGGACCGGAGAAGGAGCCGCUCUCGAUCUCCACACAGAAGACGCUCCAGAUCCCCAAGACGACAUAGAUCUACAUCUCCUUCCCCUUCCCGACUGAAAGAAAGAAGAGAUGAGGAAAAGAAAGAAACAAAAGAAGCAAAGAACAAAGAACGGCAGAUUACUGAGGAAGACUUAGAGGGUAAAACUGAAGAAGAAAUAGAAAUGAUGAAGUUGAUGGGAUUUGCCUCCUUUGAUUCCACAAAAGGAAAAAAGGUAGAUGGAUCUGUAAAUGCCUAUGCCAUCAAUGUGUCCCAGAAGAGGAAGUACAGGCAGUACAUGAAUCGAAAAGGCGGAUUCAACAGACCUUUGGAUUUCAUUGCAUGAGAAUUAUUAAAGAUUUCUCCCCCUCACCUUCCUCAGAAGAGUGGAUUUUGUAUUUAUAUUUGAUAGACAUCAAAGCAGGAUCCCAGUCCUUCUGCCUUGUAAAGUAAGAAAACUUUAUUUAUGAAGUGUGUAGUUCACUUUACUCGCCUCAAGAGAAGAAAGGUUAAAUAAUCAUUUUUUCUUUUAGGAAAUACCAUUGGGGUAGUCUCAGCCCCCUUGUUUUGUCCUUAUUCCUGUGGAAGCUAUACAUGUUUUUCUUAAUGGAUGCUCAUUAGGACUUUUUAAAACAAAAGUGAUUUGGAUGUAAGUUUCUCAAAUAAAACAAUAUUUCUACC